AUGCCUGGUAGGAGGACGAUAAACAAUGUUGAAGGUGAUGAUGGAGGGAGGAGCCAAGGAGGAGACAGAAGCAUCCAGGGUGGAUCAGACAGAGGGAGGAACCAAGGAGGAGACAGAAGGGACCUGGAGCAGGAGGAGCCAGGGGUGUUUGGUGUUGUGUCAGGUGAAAUGAAGACUUUGUCAGUGAUGGAGGGAGAUUCUGUCACUCUACACACUGAUACUGACAUACAGGGAAAUGAUGCAGUGAUAGAGUGGAUGUUUGGACCUGAAAACCCAGAUACUGUCAUUGCUGAAAUCAACAGAGCGGCAAAUAUCAGUGAUGUUACUGAUGACAGAUUUAGAGACAGAGUUAAGAUGAACAGUAAAACUGGAUCUCUCACCAUCACCAACAUCAGAACCACAGACUCUGGACUUUAUAAAGCAGAGAUCACCAUAAAUGCAGUAGCAGUCAAAACGCUUAGUGUUACUCUCUAUGCUGUUCUUCCUGUUCCUGUCAUUAUCAGAGACACUUCACGACAUUCUCCAUCAUCUGGAAGUUCAUCAGUGUCUAAAUGUUCACUGUUGUGUUCAGUGGUGAAUGUGAGUGAUGUGACUCUCUCCUGGUACAAAGGAAACAGUUUAAUCUCCAGCAUUAGUGUGUUUAAUCUCAACAUCAGUCUCUCUUUACCUCUGGAGGCUGAAUAUCAGGAUAAAAACACCUACAGCUGUGUGAUCAACAACAACAUCAGCAACCAGACACAACAUCUGGACAUCAGUCAACUCAUCAGCCAUGUGCAGAAAGGGGAGCAUCGUCGCACCCUCCCAGGAAGAGAUACGGGGAUCAGAAAUGACGGGGAGCCACCUCUACAAGGCUGCACAGAAAGCAGUCACAUCCCCAGCCCUCAGGCUGUUCUGCGGACCCAUGCUUACCACCUCAAUGGAAAGCAUGGGCCCUGCUCUACCAAGGCCCGCAGAACCUUGGGAGCAAGGGCCGAGAAUAUAGCCAAAGGCUCCUCGGAGCACUCAGAGAGUUUCCACAGAAACAACUCUGACUCUUAA